UCCGAUACGAGCUACCGCUGUUUACAUGCAGUGGUAUUGGACGAUCACCAGGAGGUGGAUCUCUACACCUGUACAGCAGCCACCACUCGCGUAUCAGCUACGUGGGCACGUCGAGAGAGUAUUGGUCGAUAUCGUGCAGAGAUCAUAUUAUACGAUCAGACGUGUCCUGCCCGAUAUUUCAGGAGGUGGAGUCUUAACUACCCUAUCACAGGUCGCCGAUCAGAUGGAAGCAGUUUUGGAGACUUUACCUACGCUUCCACACUAUGUACCUCCAGGACCAGCAGACUAUGGUGGAGCAUCGAUGUCCGGCCAUGCACCCGUAUAUAGUCCACCGAGGCCAUCAUCACCUAUAGAGGAGCCACCUUAUGCUGAUGUUACGGACCCGGCACCAGCACCAGUACCGCAGGAUCCAGCUCGAGCAGGUGAUAUUGUUUAUUUUAGGCAUCGACGGCGAUCGAGGUCGAUCCGUACAGAUCAGCCCUCCUCUUUAGCUCCUCCACGGCCAGACAUACUACCGACACAUGCUACUGCUGUGAUUGAGCCGGUUAUUGAUGGUGCUGCUAUAGAGCAUCUAGACCAGUUGGAGAUCUUGGAGCCUUUUGAUGAGCAUAAUGUUGGUCGUGGUCGCGGACGUGGUAGGCGACGUGGUCGAGGAGGUCGAGGGAGGAGAACAUGAUAUUAUAUUUAUAUAUUAUUGUAUAACUUGCAUUUAUUUUGUAUAUUCUGUUUUGAUUAUUUGGUAUUGA